AUGGAGUCAUUCCUGCCUGCUCCAUUAGAACCCUCUUCUUGCCCUCAGUGUGGAGGAAGAUGCAAAUCCAGAGUUGGACCUUUCGCUGCCCAUCAGUGCAGCUAUGCAGCAGCAGAUGUUGGUCUGAUGGAGAUUCUACAGGAACAUAAGAGCAGCCUGAGGAGAAGAUGUGAAAAUGUGACUGAAGGCAGCAAUGAAACAGGAAGUCAAACCCUCCUCAACAAGAUCUACACUGAUCUCUACAUUACUGAGGAACAGGGUGAAAUGUUUAAUACCCAGCAUGAGGUGAGGUGGAUGCAGAGAGCUUCCAAGAUCCAGAACCUCCAUGAUACUCCCAUCAGGUGCCAUGACAUCUUUAAAGCCUCACCUGACCAUCAUGGGCCAAUCAGAGUGGUUCUGACCUACGGCGUCGCUGGUGCUGGGAAAACCUUCUCAGUGCAGAAGUUCACUCUGGACUGGGCAGAGGGCUUGGAGAACCAAGAUGUCAGUGUGGUGGUUCUGCUUUCCUUCAGGGAGCUGAACCUGAUCAGAGAUCAGCAGCACAGUCUUCUCACUCUGCUCCAUGUUUUCCAUCCAACCCUGCAGAAGCUUCCCGUAGAGAAGCUGGCUGUCUGGAAGCUUGUCUUCAUCUUUGAUGGUCUGGAUGAAAGCAGACUUUCUCUGGACUUCAACAGCAGUCUGAUUGUUUCUGACGUCACACAGAAGUCAUCAGUGGAUGUGCUUCUGAUGAACCUCAUCAAGGGGAACCUGCUUCCCUCAGCUCUCAUCUGGAUAACGUCCCGACCUGCAGCGGUCAAUCAAAUUCCCUUUUCCUGUGUUGCCAGAGUAACAGAAGUACAAGGCUUCACUGACACCCAGAAGGAGGAGUACUUCAGGAGGAGAUUCAAUAAUGAAGAGGAGAAGGCCAGCAGGAUCAUCUUCCAUAUCAAGACCUGCAGAAGCCUCAAUGUCCUAUGUAAAAUCCCUGUCUUCUGCUGGAUCACUGCUGCGGUUCUGGAGAAGCUGCUGACCACAGAUCAGAGAGGAGAGCUGCCCAAGACUGUGACUGACAUGUACUCACACUUCCUGCUGGUCCAGACAAGGAGGAAGAAGAACAAGUACCAUGAAGGGUAUGGUAGAAGCCUGCAGGAACUGAUGGAGGCUGACAAGAAAGUUCUCCUAAAGCUGGGGAAGCUGGCGUUUGAACAACUGAUAGAAAAAAACAUUAUGUUCUACCAAGAGGACCUCGAGCAGUGUGGUCUGGAUGUCAAAGAGGCUUUGGUGUACUCAGGAGUUUGUACAGAGAUCUUCAAAAGAGAGAACAUGAUCUUCCAGAAACCGGUUUACAGCUUUGUCCAUCUGAGCAUCCAGGAGUUUCUGGCUGCAGUUUACAUGCUCCACUGUUUCAGCAGCAGGAACACAGAGGUACUGGGGAGCUUCCUGGGAGAAGGCUGCAGUAAAAUAUCUCUGGACGAGUUACUUAUGAUAGCUAUGAAGCAAAGCCUUAUAUUAGGAAAUAACCACCUGGAACUGUUUGUUCGCUUCCUUCAUGGCCUCUCUGUGAAGUCUAACCAGAGACUUUUAGGAGGCCUGCUGGGUCAAAUGGAGAACAAUCCAGAAUCAAUUAAAAACAUAAUCAAGAAUCUAAAGGAGAUUAAGGGUGAUGGGAUCUGUCCAGAUGCAGCCAUUAACAUCUUCCUCUGCCUGAUAGAAAUGAAUGAUCUCUCAGUUUAUGGGGAGAUUCAAGAGUUCUUGAAAUCAGAAAACAGAUCAAAGCAGAAGCUCUCAGAGAUCCAGUGCACAGCUCUGGCCUACAUGCUGCAGAUGUCAGAAGAGGUUCUGGAUGAGUUGGACCUGGAGAAGUACAACACAACAGAUAAUGGACAUUAUAGACUGUUGCCAGCUGUGUUCAACUGUAGAAAAGCUCGGUGA